AUGAAUCUGGAGCCUCCGCACGAUGUGACCCACCGCCAGUGCUCCCAGCGGCCCAUUGCGCCCCUGCCCCCGGAAGUGGUUGCCCAGAUUAAAUCUUCAACCGCGAUCACGAGCCUCGCCACCGCUAUCCUGGGCCUUGUCGAGAACUCACUUGAUUCCGGCGCCACCCAGAUCGAGAUCGCUGUGGAUGCUCGGCGGGGCGGCUGCACCGUCGAGGACGACGGUUUUGGGAUUUUGCCCUCAGAAUUCAAGGAGAGCGGCGGCCUUGGAAAACCAUACUGUACAUCUAAGCACGACACCUCCGACUCUGUCUAUGGCCGUCAUGGCACCUUUCUUGCAUCUUUGGCUGCUUUGUCCCUCUUGACGGUCACGUCAUCUCUCGUCAAAGUCCUGCUCCUCGUCAGCAAGAGCUUGGCUUUCGUGACCAUGGUACUCGCGUCACGGUAA